ACUUUCUCACUUCUCUUCUAGCACGUCUCUGCAAUUUUGAUCGUACUAGAAAAAAGAAAAAGUAAGGAAUUAAAAUACAGAAAUUAAUAAAUAAUAAAACAUAGUACCGAUUUAUUACCAAACUUAACUCUAUAUAAGCACUUUCACUUGCACACAAAAAAGUACUAUUACAAUUGUUGUUAAGAAAUGGGGUUUGCUAAGAAAGAGUAUGAGUUUCUGGGUGAGAUAGGGAUUGAGGCUCGCAAUCCUGGUUGCUUUGUUAAUGGUGUCUGGAAAGGAAAUGGCCCUCUUGUUUCCUCUCUUAAUCCUUCUACCAAUCAGACAAUUGCUCAAGUUUCAGAAGGUUCUCUUGAGGAUUAUGAGGAAGGCAUGCAAGCUUGCUCUGAAGCGACAAAGAUAUGGAUGCAAAUUCCUGCACCAAAAAGAGGUGAGAUUGUUAGGCAGAUUGGCGACGCAUUGAGAGGCAAGCUUCAGCAACUUGGUCGACUUGUAUCACUUGAGAUGGGAAAGAUUCUUCCCGAGGGAAUAGGGGAGGUUCAAGAAGUCAUUGAUAUGUGUGACUUUGCUGUGGGUUUGAGCCGACAAUUAAAUGGAUCAAUUAUUCCAUCAGAACGUCCAAACCAUAUGAUGCUAGAGAUGUGGAAUCCCCUUGGAAUAGUUGGUGUAAUUACAGCAUUCAACUUCCCUUGUGCUGUUCUUGGAUGGAAUGCAUGCCUUGCACUAGUCUGUGGCAAUUGUGUUGUGUGGAAAGGUGCUCCCACGACACCAUUGAUCACUAUUGCUAUGACCAAGCUAGUUGCAGAGGUUCUGGAGAAGAAUAAUCUACCAACUGCAAUUUUUACAGUUUUUUGCGGUGGUGCUGAGAUUGGUCAAGCUAUAUCAAAAGACACACGCAUACCUCUGGUUUCAUUCACAGGGAGUUCAAAGGUGGGUCUAAUGGUUCAACAAACAGUGAAUCAGAGGUAUGGCAAAUGCCUGCUUGAAUUAAGUGGCAAUAAUGCCAUCAUAGUCAUGGAUGAUGCCGAUAUCAAACUUGCUGUACGUUCUGUUCUGUUUGCUGCUGUUGGUACAGCUGGUCAGCGCUGCACAACAUGCCGUAGAUUGAUUCUUCACGAAAGUAUAUAUCAGAGUUUUCUCGAACAACUACUGGAAGUGUACAAACAAGUUAAAAUUGGUGAUCCUUUAGAAAAAGGGACAUUGCUCGGGCCACUGCAUACUACUACUUCGAGGGAAAGUUUCAAGAAGGGAAUCGAUAUCAUCAAGUCACAGGGAGGGAAGAUUCUCACUGGUGGUUCAGUUAUAGAGUCUGAAGGGAACUUCGUGCAACCUACAAUAGUGGAGAUAUCCUCAGAUGCUGAUGUUGUAAAGGAAGAAUUAUUUGGCCCUGUCCUAUAUGUUAUGAAGUUUAAGACUCUAAGUGAAGCUAUUGAGAUAAACAACUCAGUACCACAGGGGCUGAGUAGUUCAAUAUUCACCAACAAACCUGAAAUUAUAUUCAAAUGGCUUGGGCCUCGUGGAAGUGACUGUGGAAUUGUCAACGUAAACAUACCAACAAAUGGUGCUGAAAUCGGUGGUGCUUUUGGUGGUGAAAAGGCUACAGGGGGAGGACGUGAAGCUGGAAGUGAUUCAUGGAAACAGUACAUGAGGCGUUCGACUUGUACUAUCAAUUAUGGACAGGAGUUGCCACUGGCUCAAGGGAUUAACUUUGGCUAGUAUAUUAUCUUUUCUCAAGGGGUGGAUACAGUAUGCUGAAGCUGAUUUGCCUACAUCGGAGUUGGUUGCUAGCUUCCUCGUGAUGGAUGUUCUCACAAAGACGAGACUAGUUCCCUCCUUUGAAGCAUAAUCUGUAUUCAGUCUUGUAUACUUGCUAUGAUUUUAUCCGCUGCUGGAUACAUCGAAGGUUUCCCAUUAAAUAAAAAAAAUGAUAUUGUCUUUUCUUUUC